CAGUGUUGUGGACGUAUUUUUGCACUUCAAGCUUGAUAAGAAAACGCACUUUUAGAAAAGUUAUGAGGAGUGAAUAUCUUUCGUGAGCCAAAUUCCAUCACGUUUGGAAAAAUUCCUCUAUGCACGAUGUGGGUUACUGUGGCCAUUAUUGUUGUGUUGGUCUGUUUGAUUUGUGGUCUUUCCAAACGACCCAGAGUUCUUCCACCAGGUCCGACAAGCUAUCCAUUCAUCGGUAAUGUAGGACUCUUUAAACCAUCUGAAGCCCCGAAAGCUCACAGAAAGUUGAGGAAGAUCUAUGGAGACAUUUACUCUUUGAUGAUAUUCUACAAACCUAUAAUAGUUGUCCAUGGAUAUCAUCAUAUUAGGGAACUGCUGGCAAAACAUGGCGACGUGUUCUCAGAGCGACCUAAAAUCCUACCAACUGUAGCUAUUGCAAAAGGAAAAGGACUGCUUUGGUCAUCAGGUCCUUUAUGGAAAGAGCAAAGAACGUUUGCACUGACAACGAUGCGUAAGUUCGGGUUCGGGAAACGUUGCUUGGAAAGCCAGAUUAUGGAGGAAGUAGAUUGCUUAAUGGAUGAACUAGAAAAAUACGGACAAGAGGCUUUUGACAUUCAGAGCAUUCUGAACACCUCGGUGUCUAACGUCAUUUGUUCACUUUUAUUCGGCAAAAGAUUUCAUUAUAAGGAUGCCCAAUUUACAAAAUUAAUUCGUCUGCUAAAUGAAAUAGUCUCCACUGCCAAUGCUUCUUCAAUUGAGUUUAUUUUUCCUUGGUUACGCCAUUUACAGCUGAGUGACUUUCGCACAAGAAUGGAGAAAACUAAUGAAGUGACUUCAUUUAUCAAUGAAAUGAUAGAAGAUCACAGGAAUAAUUUUGAUGAGAACAACAUCAACGAUUACAUUGAUGCUUUCCUCCUGGAACAAAAACAAAGAGAUAAUGAAAUAAACACAUUUUCAGAUGAACAGCUUGUCGUCAGUGUACGAGAUUUCUUUGGUGCUGGAACUGAGACUACUUCUACAACACUUAGAUGGGCGCUUCUGUACUUGAUCCAUUAUCCACAAUGGCAGAAAAUCCUACAGAAGGACAUUGAUGACGUCAUCGGUCAAGGUCAGCCUAAGAUGGAACACAGAGACAAACUACCCAGGGUAGAGGCGUUCAUUUUGGAAAUUCAGCGAGUUGCAGAUAUAGUUCCGAUGAAUUUACCACAUGCAUCCGGUGAGGAUUUUGUCUACGAAGGACAUCUGUUCCCCAAAGGAGUCCUGGUGUUUUGCAUUUUAGAUUCUGUUAUGUCGGAUCCAGAAGCCUUUCCGGAACCCACCAAAUUUAAACCAGAGAGAUUUUUAGAUGACAACGGGAAUUGUCAAGGGGAACAGAAAAAUAAACUGAUUCCGUUUUCAAUAGGACGCAGGGUAUGUCUAGGAGAGUCACUCGCCAAAAUGGAGCUUUUCUUAUUCUUCACCAGAUUUCUACAGAAGUUUGAGAUAAAACCAGAGGAUCCCGAGUGUUUGCCCUCAUAUACGGAGGGCAUAUUAGGAAUAACGUACAGUCCAAAACCCUUUAAACUAAGACUUUUAAAACGUUAGAUUGUAGUGUCUGUAUUUAAGUUUAGUGUUAAAGGCAUGUGACAGAAGUGUACAUGAGUGGUUUUGAGAUCAAUAAUGUAAAUGUUAGAUUAGUGCAUAAAAAAAGUAUUUUUUGGAAAGAAUGAAGGUGUUCAUGCAAAAGUCACAAUUGGUUUUAUAAAUGUGCUGAAACACGAAA